CCUUCGGUUCAGUAGAGUUUCAACGGUUCCAGCGGUGAGCUCGUCAGGUCCGCGUAUUCUACACCUUCAGUUUGUGUUAUUUUCCACCUUUGUUAUUUUCUUACCUUUCCGUACAUUUCCAUCGGUGAAUAAACGGUGUGUGGCUGCAGUGCGUUCAAGUUUUUGUGUCGAUCCGAUCGAGAGGUGAAAAGGGUUUGGAUAAAAGAGGUGAUUGAACCGCGACUUCUACGAUGCUGGUCAAGAUAGCUCUGCUAGUGACCCUGGCCGUGGUCUCGAGCCAAGCGCAAUCAAAGGUUCCGGUGUACGUGUACUACGAAUCGCUGUGCCCUGACAGCGCGAAGUUCAUCAACGAGCAGCUGUACCCGACGGUCAAGCAAUUCCCCAACAACAUCGAUCUCAGACUGGUUCCAUUCGGCAAGUCCAGUUACAGGACGCAGGGUUCGGAAACCUUGUUCGAAUGUCACCAUGGACCGAACGAGUGCUACGGCAACAAGGUCCACGCUUGUGCCCUGGCCAACAUUGAGGGAAGCUCAUAUCAACCGAACAACACAAAGGAAGCGCUGACCCUGGAGUACGUCAACUGCCUGAUGGAGCGUGCGCAGUUCAAGAGCGGCGAGUUCCCCGGAAAGGUAUGUGCAGAUCAGUUCGAGAUUAACUGGGAAACGAUCGAACAGUGCGCCAACAGCACUCAGGGAAGCAACCUGCUCAAGAACUACGCCGAAGAGACAUACAAGCUGCAGAAACCGUUGGCAAGCGUUCCGACUGUUGCUUUCCGACAGACUUUUGACAGCGACGUUCAGAAGCUGGCCGUGGACAACUUCCGUGCUGCGUUGUGUAAGAACCUGAACCCCGCUCCGGUUCAGUGCCGUGUUGGACCAGGUGGUGGAGCUUCGACCGUUACUUCGAUGGGUUUGGUGACCAUCGUGUCGCUGCUGGCUACGCGACUGUUCUAAGCGACUUCUCGCCGAACCGAUUCUCAUCAUCCGUCCUUUUCAAAUUUGGUGCAUUUAGAUUCGUGAUUGUUUGCAUUAAGCAAACAUGGUAGAAAUGAUUCCGUCCAGGAACUUUGUGAAAGUUGUUGUUUUAAAUCUAGAUGUAGUGCAAUUAUCAAUGUUCAAAGUUUUUUCUUCGAAGAUUUAAGACGUGGAUAAAAAUCUCAUAAAUAAAACUAUUUUACUUAAA